UAAAAGAAAACAUAACACAAACAACAUAUUUUAUACAAACAUAUUCAAUUUAACAAACCUCAAAAUCGUCAAAGUAAUGUCUAAAUCCUCUGUAUUCAGUAGACCAAGAUUGGUUGUUAAGAAACUUUUGGCUAGAGCUCAAAAUGAAGGUGAUGGUGCUGUUGUUCGGAGAAGCAUUGGAAGGCCAGAAUUGCAGAAUCUUGAUCCUUUCCUCAUGUUAGAUGAGUUUAGUGUUUCACCACCUGCUGGAUUUCCCGACCAUCCACACAGAGGUUUUGAGACCGUGACUUACAUGUUGCAGGGAGCUUUUACUCAUCAAGAUUUUGCUGGUCACAAGGGUACAAUCAGGACUGGUGAUGUGCAGUGGAUGACAGCAGGAAGAGGUAUAGUGCACUCAGAAAUGCCUGUAGGACCAGGUACUCAUAAGGGCUUGCAACUUUGGAUAAAUCUCUCUUCCAAGGACAAAUUGGUUGAGCCAAGGUAUCAAGAACUGCUACACGAAAACAUACCAAAGGCGGAAAAAGAUGGGGUUUCGGUCACUAUCCUAGCAGGGGAAUCCAUGGGCGUCAAAUCCCAAAUUUUCACGCGAACGCCCACAAUGUACCUCGAUUUCACCCUAAAACCAGGUUCUGAGCAUCAUCAACCAAUCCCUGAGCCUUGGAAUGCGUUUGUCUACAUAGUCGAAGGAGAAGGAGCGUUUGGUUCUCCGGAUUCAACAACACCAGCUCACCAUUGCUUGGUUUUAGGCCCUGGAGAAGGCCUAAGUGUGUGGAACAAAUCUUCAAAGCCAUUGAGGUUUGUUCUGAUAGGAGGGCAGCCGAUUAACGAGCCGGUGGUGCAGUAUGGUCCUUUUGUUAUGAACACUAAGACUGAGAUUAUGCAGGCUUAUCAAGAUUAUCAACUUGGGAGAAAUGGUUUUGAAAGAGCAAGGCAAUGGAGUUCUAAAUGAGUAAACAGAGUUACAUCUUAUACUUCAAAAUUAGCCUACAAACUGCAAUAUUCAAUAGUUUUUCUGAUAAAUGUUUUAUGAUUUCAGGUUGUCAUAGUCCUUUUUAUUUUCAUUUGAAAUGAGAUGUGUGUUGAGUGAAGUUUAUUUGUAGUCAUUUCCUUCAUUUGUUGAAGAGUUGCAUUGGUAGUCAUUCUUGUAACCAUAGUGGAAAAUACGUUCAGGUUUUGAAUAAUGUCUUACCUUUUGUUUGGAUCAUUGAUAGGAAAUGUAAUGACAAUAAUAUCAUAUUAUAGUGAGUGGAUGCCCAUAAUGAAAACAGGGUCCAUGUGAUUUUUACAAUCAUUUCUUCA